AUGCCGACUCUACGAAGAAGAGCCGAAGCCCCGCGCCGCGUCGAGGAUAUCGACAUUGACGUUGACGAGACCACGUCGCGCGCCGUCGAGCCCGUCGCAAGCAACCUCGAGACCCUAGCCACGGCGCCCGAUGGAAAAGUCGAGGCGCUCGGUGUCGUCAAUGACGCGACGGAGGUGAUCACAAAGGAAGACAUCACAGAACAGAUCAGCGAGAGGGAUCGCGACCAUCAGCACCCGAGACGACAGCGCUCACAUCUGCCCACUGCCCUGCAGUUCCCGCUCGUCACGGUGCUGAGCUUCAGCAUUUCGAGUUUGUGCUACAGCUUCCUGAGCGAAUGGAGCCGCGGAGAGCUGGCGGGCAUCUCAAAGAGCCUGGAUACCUGGGGAGAGGUCGCGACUUUGGCGGGAUGGCGCAUAUUUGAGCUUGCGCUGGGUUGGUUCGGUAACUUUGAUAGCUACGAUCUGGCUGCGCUCAACCUGCUCGCGCAUGGCCCACCGGUCUACCUUAUUGCCACCUUCUACGAGAUCAGCCCCGCGACCGCCGUCUCCGCCCUGGGCAUCGAGAUGCUGUCUACCUUUGUGCCCUUCCGUCUCCUGAGGUCAUUGUCAGAUGCGCAUGCCGGCGCUAAGAACGUCGCCAACCGCGAACUUCUCACCGACAUCCCGCUCAGCAUCUUUACCAUUCUGAUGGCGGCUAUUACAUACAGUGCCUCCCUGUUCGUCGCGUACAAGACGUACCUGCCUGAGACGCUCGUGGUCUACUUCCAGGGCCUGCCCACUAUUACGCCUGCCUACAAUGCCACUUUCUUCACUAUCCUGCCUGUGACGAUCGCCUUCGGUAUCGCAGCAAAGACCUUCAUCUUCACUCCGUUUGUUGCGACAGGCAAGACCGCCGAGGAUGGCAAGCUGGAGGAGUUUGAUCCCGUCACGGCCACGCUGGGCGAGACGCUGGCCUGGAAUCUGUGGGGCUACACCACGCGGGCGAAGGUCGUCAUUUUCCGCACCACCGUGGCUAUGAUCCUGACCGGUGUAAACACCUACCUCCAGACGUUCAUGACCAUCAACGCUGUCCAAUCCUACGGCGCGGCUGCGUACUCCGGUGUCUGGGUUGUUGCUGCAUUCCUUACCGGUGUCGGUCUCGGAUUUGUCGGCGGAGGAGACGCAUGA